AUGAGAGAAAAAAGCUAUGUAUUGGUAUUGCUGCUACAGAGUGGAUUGAUUGCUGCUAAUUCAUAUGUUCAACAAUCUGUUGUUGAAACGCAACCAAUAUGUCCAUGCGAAUAUAAAUACAACCCAGUCUGUGGCUCUGACGGCAUCACAUACAUGAACGAUUGUGUCCUCCAAUGUAUCAGCAAUCAAAAUCCAUCUCUAAACAAAAUAGGUGACGGUGAAUGCGAGUCUUGCAUCUGUCAGUAUGUCAACUUACCGGUAUGUUCUCUGGGAGGUCUGACGUUUCCCAACGAAUGUGAGCUAGCCUGUGAAAACAAAAAGCGUAUAAAUGCUAAACAACCAAUCAUAUAUCUUGCGUACAGAGCUGCUUGUGUUGGACCUUCAACUGGAUGCACAGACCUCGCUUCUCCAGUUUGCGGCACAGACGAUAUUCUAUAUAGAAACAAAUGCGUCCUUGAUGUCACUAGCAGCUAUCUCAUAAACCAAGGUAAUCAACCAAUUGAAGUUAAAAAUAAUGGUGCUUGUUUAGAUGGAUGUCUUUGUCCGCAAGAUACCCAACCAGUAUGCGGCAGUAAUGGUUGUAUCUACAACAAUCCGUGUUAUAUCGCUUGCCAGAAUAGAAGGAACUCUUGUUCCAAGUAUCCUUACAUAGAUAUCGCCGACGAUAGUGUGUGCUAUUUGUGUCACUGCAAACCAGAACAAAACCCUGUUUGUGGCACAGAUGGUAGGACUUAUGACAAUCCAUGUGAGCUUAACUGUGAAGCUAAGAAGCCUGGAAGUUCGUAUCUAGCAAUAGCUAGUUAUGGAAAAUGUGCCGGUUGUUACUGCACACAGGAGAAUAUACCAGUGUGUAGUAGUGACCAGAAGACUUACACAAACGAGUGUCAUUUAAGAUGCGCCAAUUCUGCUGAUGGUGGUACUAGAAGUGUGUAUUAUUAUGGGGAGUGCCAGCCUCGAGGGUGUAGUUGUUAUACCUGUCCACCGGAAUAUCAGCCAAUGUGUGGCACUGAUGGCAGAACUUAUUGGAACCUUUGCUGGUUGAACUGCAAUGCUGGCUGUUUGUCGAGAGAUAAAAAUACGUCUCAAUCGUUAUUCCUCAAGAAGAGGGGUGCUUGUGAAUUGUAA